AACGCUAGCUUGAUAAUAUAUGUGUGGCUCUAUGAUGUGAUAUCAUUAUUUCAGUGACAAUAGAGAACUCUGAAAUGUUACUUUGAUCGAAUCACGCAAACCUAUUUCCACAAAAUAACUCAUUUAUUCAUCAGACAAGAAGAUACAUUCUGAUGAUGGAUGUGUCAACGUACGUUAAAAACUAUAGUAUGAGUGUAGAAAACUUUGUAGUUAAGCAAUUGGAACUUUUAGACUUCGAAAGAGAAGCUGAAAUUGAAGAAAAUAAAAUUCUUAGAGAAAGUACUUCUUUAAAGUUAUUGCAAAAGAAAGGAAUAUGCCUACCCAAGCUGCAUAUUACAAGACUAUCAACAGGACUUUUUGGGAGACUUGUGAUUAAUUUCCAGUCCAUUUUGUCAAAUUCUUUGUCUACACAUUCUAUCACUUCAGGUGACAUUGUGGGUAUUGGAAAUACAAAUUCUGAUGGAAAAAUUGAAGUUAUUACAUCUGGUGUUGUGUUUCGUGUUACAGAUUCAACAAUUACUGUUGCGUUUGAUAAAAAUUCAGAUUCACAAAAUUUAGAUUAUGAGGAUCAGUUUUUAUUAAUAAAGCUUGCAAAUGAUGUGACAUAUAAACGUUUGAAAAAAGCAUUGAAAACUCUUGAAACUAAAAGCAGAGAAUCAAAUUUCAUAGAUGUUUUGUUUGGUCAAAAGCAACCAUCAACAUUAGAAAAUUCAAUUUUCGAUGCCAUGGUUUUUUAUAAUAAGCAGUUGAACUCUACACAGAAAGAAGCUAUAAAAUUUGCUUUGAGUCAAAAAGAAGUAUCAAUUUUACAUGGACCACCAGGUACAGGAAAAACUACUACAUUAGUGGAAUGCCUACUACAAGCUGUCUCGCAAAAACUGAAAGUUCUUGCCUGUGCCCCAUCCAAUGUUGCUGUUGAUAAUUUAGUGGAGAAACUGGUCCCAUUCAAAGUUAAAAUGGUGCGUUUAGGACAUCCAGCAAGGUUAAUUUCUAGUAUUCAACAGUAUUCCUUGGAUGCUAUUGUAGCCCAGUAUGAUGGAAGUGAUGUCAUAGCAGAUAUGAGAAAGGAUAUGGAUAAAUUAAUGAAUAAAAUUGAGAAAGCUAAAGGUUUUGGAAUGAGAAAAUCUUUAUGGGCAGACAACAAAACUUUAGUGAAAGAAAUUAAGGACAGGGAAAAGGAAAUUGUGAAACAAAUUCUUAAAAAUGCUGAUGUUAUACUUUCAACUCUUACAUCUGCCUCUGACGAUGGUCCUCUAAAGUACAUUGAGAAAGACCACUUUGACAUUUGUUUCAUCGAUGAGUGCUCACAAUCUCUUGAAGCAGCUUGCUGGAUCCCAUUGCAGAUGGCCAGACGUUGCAUUUUAGCAGGUGACCACAAUCAAUUGCCUCCUACCAUAAUAUCUAAAACUGCUGAAAAAGCUGGACUUGGUUUGACCUUGAUGGAAAGGCUUUUAAAACUUCAUGGAAAUUCCAUUAAGAAAAUGCUCACUGUCCAGUACCGAAUGCAUGAAAAGAUUAUGCAUUGGUCUUCCAAAAAUUUCUAUGACGAUAAACUGCUUGCAGAUGACUCUGUGUGUCACCAUCUUCUUAAGGAUUUAAACAACGUGCAAGAUAACGAGAAUACAUCCAUACCAUUAUUGCUUAUCGAUACUGCCGGCUGUGGCUUUUACGAAUUGGAGACAGAAGAUGAAGAAUCAAAAGGGAAUGAAGGAGAAGCAGAUAUAGUAUGUGCUCAUGUAAAGUCUUUAAUUAGUUCUGGCAUUCAAAGUUCUGACAUUGCCAUUAUUACCCCAUAUAAUCUCCAGGUGGAAUUGUUAAAGUCUAGACUAUUCAAAAUGUUUCCCAAGUUGGAAAUAAAAUCUGUUGAUGGAUUUCAAGGCAGAGAGAAAGAAGCUGUAGUCUUAUCACUAGUGCGUUCUAACAAAGAAGGUGAAGUGGGAUUUUUGGCAGAUCAGCGUCGUAUUAAUGUUGCUGUGACACGAGCUAAGAGGCAUUUAACAGUAGUGUGUGAUAGCCAAACGGUUUCUCAUAACGAUUUCCUUAAGUUAUUUGUGAAAUAUUGUGAAGAAAAUGGAGAAGUUCGAGUCGCUUUUGAAUAUGAAAAAGAAAUAGGACAGUAUGUUUCAACUGUAAAGAAGAAAAAUAAAACUAACAGUGCAAAGAAACCUGUUGAGAAAAAAAUUGUGGAGCCUCAAAAUCUGCCGAGAAAUGAAGAAAACUGGGGAAAUAAAGCUAAAAGAGAAAAUGAAAGAUUAGAGGUUGAAAGUAAAUACCAGAAAAUAAUUGAUGACUUCAUUAAUAGUAAAAAAGAAUCACUUAUUUUCUCAACAUCUUUGUCAGCGUUUGAAAGGAGAACUGUUCAUGAGCUUGCUGAAAAGAUGAAUCUUAUUCAUAUCAGCUCUGGUGAAGGAGCUGAAAGACACAUCCAAGUGAAAAAAUCUUCAGCAGAAAAUGCUCCUGUGAAGUGUGUGAACUUAUCAGUCCAAGAAAAGCUGUCAGACAAUAAGACACUAAAUGAGAACUUAAAUUGCAACAAGGAUGUAAAUACAAAUGGAGGAAUGAAACCAAAAUCUGAAGAUGAUUCUCCAUGUUUAGACAUUCAAAGCAGUUCUGGGGAGAAGUGCUGUCAAGUUAAAAAGGCAAAUGUAAAACAACCUAUCAAUUCUUCUAAAGCAGAUGUGCAAAACAAAACUGGUGAAAGCCACAGUGCAAAAGAAAAAUUAAAAUACAAAAUAGUGAACGAUAGUGGAACAAAAAAGACGAAGCCAAAAUUGAAAACUUUGAAACUGAAAGAUUCAGUUGAUGCUUCUGAAGACAAUUUUGAUGACCUAAUUCAACAAGCAAUGAAAGCUGAUAAUACUUGUUCUUUUGAGAGUUGUAAGAAAGGUGUAGCCAUUUUGUCCCAAGUGUGUCAACAUUGCCGAUGUCGAUUUUGUUUCAGCCACUUUAUGCCAGAAGUACAUGGCUGUGGAGAUGCUGCUAAAGCUUAUGCCCGUAGUCAAAUUCGCAAAGAUGGUGUUCUAUAUCCUGGCAGCGGGAGACCCCAGAAGAAAACUGAUGCCAUAAAGCAUUCUUACCUACAAAAGAAACUUGAUAAAAAAUUAACCGAGUUGUCACAACAAAGAAAGAGUAAACCAAAACCAAAAGAGUGAAAAAUAUCUGAA